UGACUGGGGCUUUGAAACUGAUAUCGUACUGACACAUCGAAGCAGCGCAAGCAAAGAAGGGCGCACUGGCGUCCGACGCUUUGGGUUGCGCGUGAUGGCCCCUGGCCCCAUCGACCAGGAUCUGUGGUUUGGCUUAGAUAAACUGGAGCACUGGCUGGCCUGCGGCUUCUGCACGCUGGUGACAUACUGGCUGUGCAAGCGGCACUACCGGCUGUUCCGCGGCCGAUUUACGUUUGGCCUUCUCGUGGGGCUGCUGGUGGGCCUGCUGAAGGAGCUUGGCGACUACCUGCAGUUGUGGCCGGGGGCGCUUUCCGGCAAAGACCUGGUUGCUGACGUGGCGGGCUCGGUGUGUGCCGCCGCGGGGCUGUACCUGGUGGAGGCCAAGUGGGGUCCGCCGCAGCCGCCGCACGUGGACCGGCACGCUGCCGGGUGCUGGGGCACGAUACGUAGCGUGCUGGGGCUUUCCAACGAGCCGCGUGUGGUGGAUCUGGAACACGGCCUGGUGUACGGGCAGCGGAUCCUGAGGCAGGGCAUCAACAACAGCCUCAAGGAUUUGAAAUCCUUGAUUCCCAACUCGGGCGCGCUCACGCGCUGGGGCAACUUGUACGGCUACAAGCCGUUGGCUGUGGGCGGCGGCGGCGGCGGGCGCGGCGGCUUGGGGCUGGGUGGCGGCGGCGGUGGAGGGGGCAUCAGUAGCGGUGGCGCCGUGGGCAGUGGCGGUGCAAUGGAGCUUCACCAGACCGCGUCGAAGCGUGCGGACCCUAGCAGUGCUUGAGAGAGUGUGCGAAGUGCACGAGUCCUCGUCCGCAGAUCGGCUGCAGCCGUGUCGGAGUGGAGUGCUUAGACGCAUAGUGACACCUCGGAGAUCAAGUGUCCGAGAUAGCUAACGAUUGCUUGACAUAUCACGCAUUGAAAACUACCGGGACGCUACGAAGACAGGAGCAGUGGUUUGAUUUGGUUGGUGGCAGCUUUCCCGCCAGCGCGGGUAAGAUCGAGGGCAUUCCUUGCACUGCGGUUUGCUUGAAUCCCUCACACGAGGACCAUACCUGUGAGUUUGGUCAUCUGGGUCGUGCGUGUGAGACGCACGUGCAGUAGUGCGUGAGGCGGCGGGCGUUCUUGCCCAAGAGCGAUAUCGC